AUGCCCUCCGAGGAAGUCACGUCUCACGACGCUAACACGGCUUUGAACGACGCAAAAGAAGAUAUCAAAAUGUCGACACUGGUUCAUAUGAAAGAUGAGUAUGUCAGCGGGAUCGCAAAGCAUGCAGACUCGACCAGAACGCCCGAGGAAGCAAGAUUGGAGAAGCGAUUUGUCCGUAAGAUCGACUUCAUCAUACUACCGCUCCUCACCUCCAUGUAUUUCCUGGCUUCUUUGGAUCGUGGAGAUGUGGGAAACGCCGCUGUACUGGGCAUGGCAGACGAACUCCACCUGACAUCACACCAACUUAGCACCUGUAUCUCCAUCUUCUAUGUCGGAUAUGUCACAUUCCAAAUGCCCGGCUACUUCUUUCUAAGAGUCAUGCCGGCCCCGGUCCAGCUCGGCAUAGCACUUAUGUUCUGGGGGACUUUCAAUACGUUGAUCUGUAUCGCAAGAUCUUACGGAACCGUUGUUGGUCUUCGCGUAGGAGUCGGUGUAGGGGAAGCGAUCCUCCAAGCUGGCCCUCUCUAUCUAUCUUACUGGUAUAAGCGGGAGCAGUUAGCAACAAGGGGUGCUAUAUUUUUCGGCAUGAGCGCAGUUGCUGGAGCUUUCAAUGGCAUCAUCGCCUAUGGGAUCGGCAAGAACCUCGAUGGCGCCAGGGGCUGGGCACCAUGGCGGUGGCUCUUCCUGAUUGAGGGUGUCAUAUCCGUCGCUUGGGGCGUAGUAAUCCUGUUACUGCUGCCGCCUUUGCCUGAUCAAGUUCGAUGGGGCUUUACCGAAGACGAGAAAGCCCUUGCACGGCGUAGAGCAAUCGAGGGGUACAAUGACCUAGAUGCGGAGAUCAAGCCGAAACAGAUCCUUAGCAUCUUCAAGGAUCGUCGACUAUAUCUUUAUAUCAUCAUCUACGCUUGUAUUAACAUCAGCCUGGCUUGCAUCGGCAGCUUUUUGCCUGUGAUGCUGCAUUCGUUCGGCUUUUCACCAUUACGCACCCAAGCUCUUACGAUCCCAAUCUUCGUCGUCGGCGCGCUAUCUGCUGUUAUCACGAGUGUAAUAUCCGAUCGAAUGAAUCAAAAGGCAUACGUUGUGAUGGCGUGUUUCGUAUCGAUGGGUGUGGGAUGGCUACUUCUUCUGGUCAGCAUAAUAAUUAGCCAGACGUGGCUAAAUAUCAACACCCCUGGGUUUACUAUGAAAGCGGCUGCUCUGGGGACCAUGGGUAUGAUUGGCCAGAUAUUUUCCAUCGUUGGUACACAGGUCUACAGUGACCCUCCGUAUUAUUACCGCGGAAAUGGCUUUGCUUUAGGCUUCAUGGUGGUUGGUGGACUUGCUGUUGUUGUGUUGUUCUUCGAUUUGCAGAACGAGAAUGCAAAGAAGCGGAGGGAUACCCAUACAGAUACCGCUCGGGAACUUCGCCCUUGCGGUAUUGAAGACAUUGGAUGCCGCCACCCAGACUUCUACUAUCUUACUUGA